GCCCAGCCCCGCGCACAGUCGAGCCCCAGCUGUGCCCCGUGCCGCCCGCAACCCCAGAGCGCCGCAGCAGCAGCCCGCCGUCCUCCAGCGCCAGCGGCCCUCUCCAGCUUCUCCUCCAAUAUGGACGCAUUGAAACGGGCCAAGGAGGAGGCCGUCAACAAGGCCAAGGAACUGGCCUCUGUCAACAUAAAUUCAUUGUGGACAAGCGGCAGUAAGAUGAUGAGCUUAUUUGGCCAACAAAGCAUCAUGGCGAGUCCUCACCAGCUGCCGAAGGAGGUGGCCAACCUGCACUAUGAAGAUCUGCUGCCGCACAACCAGAAUGGGCAGGCUGUCACCAAAGAGUUCCUGCAGAAGGUCAUCGACGUCCUCAUGGACUUCGUCAAGGACACCAACGACCGCAAUUGCAAGAUCCUGGAGUUCCACCACCCAGAGGACAUGAAGAAGCUCCUGGACCUGGACAUCCACGACAAGGGAGUGAACCUUCAGCAGCUCGUCGAGGACUGCCACACCACACUCAAGUACCAAGUCAAGACGGGUCACCCGCGCUUCUUCAACCAGCUGUCAUGCGGGCUGGACCUCGUCUCCAUGGCGGGCGAGUGGCUCACCGCCACGGCCAACACCAACAUGUUCACCUACGAGAUCGCGCCCGUCUUCAUCCUUAUGGAGAACGUGGUCAUGCGGCACAUGCGCGAGAUCAUCGGCUGGGAGAACGGCGCGGGCGACUCGAUCCUCGCGCCCGGCGGCUCCAUCUCCAACCUGUACGCCUUCCUGGCCGCCCGCCACAGGAUGUUCCCCCAGUACAAGGAGAAGGGCCUGUCCUCCAUCAAAGGCCAGCUCGUCAUGUACACUUCAGACCAGUGCCACUACUCCAUCAAGAGCUGCGCCUCCGUCUGCGGCCUUGGAACCGAUAACUGCGUGGAGGUGCCAAGCGACGCUGCUGGUCGCAUGAUCCCGUCCGAGCUGGAGAGGCUCAUCCUGGAGCGCAAGUCGCGCGGCGACGUGCCCUUCUUUGUCAACUGCACCGCCGGCACCACCGUCCUGGGCGCCUUCGACCCCAUCGAGGACAUCGCGGCCAUCUGCCAGAAGCACAAGCUGUGGAUGCACGUCGACGCUGCCUGGGGAGGCGGCAUCAUGCUGUCCAAGAAGCACCGCCACCCCCGUCUGACCGGCAUUGAGAAGGCCGACUCGGUGACCUGGAACCCGCACAAGCUGAUGGGCACGCUGCUGCAGUGCUCCACCAUCCACUUCAAGGAGGACGGCCUGCUGAUCAGCUGCAACCAGAUGAGCGCCGAGUACCUGUUCAUGCAGGACAAGCUGUACGACACGAGCUAUGACACGGGCGACAAGGUCAUCCAGUGCGGUCGCCACAAUGACAUCUUCAAGCUGUGGCUGCAGUGGCGGGCAAAGGGAGACGAGGGCUUCGAGAAGCACAUGGACACCCUGAUGGACAUGGCCGCCUACAUGGUGCGCCGCAUCAAGGAGCAGCCCGACAAGUUCGAGCUCAUGUUGGAGCCGGAGAUGGUGAACGUGAGCUUCUGGUACGUGCCCACCAGGCUGCGCUCCAUGCCCGCCGGGCCCGAGAGGGAGAAGCUCUGCGGAGAGAUCGCGCCGGUGCUCAAGAGCCGCAUGAUGCAGUCCGGCACUCUCAUGGUGGGCUACCAGCCCCUGGACCACAGGCCCAACUUCUUCCGGAACAUCAUCUCGUCCGCGGCCGUCACCUACGCCGACGUGGACUUCCUGCUGAACGAGAUGGACCGCCUGGGACACGACCUGUAGACGGUUCGGUCUGUAGCGCCCUCCGAUACUAACUAAUUCCGAACCCCGCCAUUCUAGUGGCCAGGGUCUAAAAUUGUUGUACUUACUGUAAGAAAUUGGGGAAGAAUAAGAAAAGAAAAAAAUGAGUUUCCAUUUAUGAGUUUAUAUGAUGUUAUACUUACACUAUAUGAUGACUGGCUGUGGCAAAAGAAUAAUAACGUGUUUUUCGUUUUUGUCGUUGUUUUAUCCCCGCGGGGAAGUUUGCGUCGCGUUCUGCGCAUGCGCAGUCUGAGUAAUGAGACGCAAGGCAGUCAGCUGACAGCUUGCUGAGCGAUACCUGACAUAUUGCUCUCGAUGUUAGUAGCAUUUUUGGAGCCGACAUGGGUCUGAUAGACCGUGGGACUCCACCGCAGACCUACAGUAGUCAAUGUUGUCGGCUAGAAUUUUUAUUAGAGUAGGAGAAAAAAAAUUAUUGAAUGUCGUAGUCUUGCCUCACCGUCUUUUAGUGUCUCUGCUUGGUGCAACCCUUGGACUAUUUCUUGUAAAUAUGUGGACCGGUUAGGGUCGUAAACAAAUUUGCGAAGCGGACCCGAUCAAAGAGCAAGACUGCAGACGACAGGUACUGUAACCUGGGUACAAAAAUUUGAAGCCACAAAAAUAAUGAAGAAAAAACUAUAAUACUGCUAUUUAUUUUUUAUUUGUCAGGCAAUUUAAGUAUUGUAACUAUUUUGUGAAAGUACGUAACAAAAUGAUGUUUAUUUUAUGUAAAGCAAAGAGCUACAUUAUUAUUUAUUUUUUCUUCGAACUACUCAGAUUGCCAGUUCCUUUGAUAUUGAUUUAAUAAGUUAAGGUAAUUGAGAAUGUGAAGAGUGGUUUGAACCGUUGUGGAAAUACGUUCGAGUACGAAAAGCUCCCAUUAUGUCAAAUUGUUAAUGACGUAGAAAGUAGCAGGCGUCCUGCCAGAGUGUUCUUUGAGCCUCGCUGGAAUUGGCGAUGCCGUGGAUAGACGUUAGUCCGGGAGGUGAGGGCCGCGACCCGGCCGGGGCAGAGCUCCAGCCUGUCGUUAAUGCUAGUAGGCUACUUACUUGUUGCUAUCGUCACGAUUUUUUCCGUAAAUUAAGUGUGUAUUUUGCAUGGACGGACGAAGAAAGGGCGGGGAAGAACCGAGAAGAAGAUUCGUAUUUUGUUUCUCCUAUGUCGUCCAUUUCUUCUUCCGCCCUUUCUCUGCGUCCUGGAACACUCCUCAACAUCAAUUAUGAUAUCAAUUCCAUUAUCGUGAUAUUGUCGUUAAACAUAAACAAUUUAUAAUGUGUUGGUUGAAUCAGAUAUUUUAUGCUUUAUCUAGAGUGGAGAGGCGAUAUAUAUGAUUGGACUUUAAAGAAAGGCGGGCUCCUAAAUCACCUUUAUUUUUGCGUUGCCGCUUUCAGACGGUUUAUUUCUUGAUUUUAUUUUUAAUGUAGGUAAAUAUCUUUUAAAAAUAUAUUGAGUAUGUCUCAGGCUGCCUUCAGUUAAUACAAGGCAAAUGUGUAGCAUGCAAUAAGUUGUUCCACGCGAUAGUGGGUCUACUAAACUUUCCUUCACUGUGUUGGUACGGCUUUCUUUUAUUUGACGGCCAUCCACGUAAAUGCAUACGAUUGGCUAAUACCGUCCAAGUGUCAGCACUUGUGACCCGCUGUUUUGAACGAGGUCAAAAACUACACAACACAAGCGCAUGAGUAUCGGACGGAACCCUUGCCCUCUGGAGACCCCUGCCUCGGAAGCGUACUAGCCGAUGUUAGCUGAUCGUAGAGACGUAUAAGGUGGCAACACUUGUACAUAUAUUUUUGUGACGUUUUGUGUACAUAUUGAUGUGAAUAUUUUAUUUGAAAGUAUGUAGAAUGUUUGAGUGCCAUGGCGGUGAGAGACGAUGCCACUAGCAGGCUGCUAGACGCCCCUUUUUCAGCCAAAGUCAUAGGUAGAGAGUCGACUGCUCCAGUCGCUCGAGUCAAUUUGAAACGCAGAAUCAAUUAAAAUCGCACAUAUGCCGAACUCGCUGUACGGUGAGUGUGCGUUCAAUUAUGUAGGUCAAUUGUUUUCGGAUCGGAAUCAUAAUUGUGCGAAAUGAGUGUCUUAAAAAUGCAUAGAAAUCUCAAAAAAUAUAUGUUAUAACAUAUCACGCAAUAUGUGUCUAUGUAACCAAACCGCUGUUCAUAACCAUAUAAAAGUAAAACUCUAUGUAAGUGGCGUCCUCUGCGAAGAAACGGAAAGAAAGUUAGAUCUGAAUGCCUUUGUAAACUCCCUAUUUUCUGUCAGUCACCCAUCAUAGACAUAUAGAACGGGUUGGAGUCCUUUAUCUCCCUCUGCAGUGGGAGUGAGCAAAUGUAACGCCGCAACAAAAAGUAAUAAAAACAUUAAAACAGGAAAAGUUGAAA